GCUUGGAAGCCACUUUGGGCCAGGGAAGCGGUAAGGCCUUGACUGUGUCUCUCGGCUUUACUACGUACAUAAUUACGACUGACUUACCUUACCUUGACUGAACUCUCUCUGCCUGUCUUGUCUGCUGCAGCUUGCACGAUUUCGCAUUUGCUUUUUCCUACUACACAUCUUCGUCAUAUAACAUACCUCACAUAUCUCUCCCAUGUUUGUCUUCCAUGGCUGCGAAAUCCCCAGAAUUCACCAACCAACGUGACCAAUAUCAACUAAGAUACGCAUAACACACGAGUUUUAAUUCACCUCAAAUUCUCACCCAAGCGCCCUUGACGACGAUCCACGCUUAUCACUCACCUUGCAUUUUAAAUGCUACAUCCUGAAACCGCGGCUCUCAACAUCAAUUUUCACCGCCCGUCAUGGAGAACACUCUCUCACGAAGUCACAGUUUGAAGCCUCCCAGGCGCAAACUCCAAAAACCUGACCCGAAACUCAAAAGCCUCAACAAAGCUAAGCGCGGUUCUACCGACUCGACCAUGUCUAGCCUCAGCCCUCAGAGCAGUAUGUCUUCACCGUCGCAACGACAAAUUCAGAACGGCGCUCCCGAUUUGAGCGAUUCAAAAUGGGAUCAUUAUCUUCGACCAAAGACUGUUUUUGUGCCCUCAUUUUCAGAGCCGGAGGACCAUCUUCAGCCAGAGAUCAAUUCACCAUAUGAACCGCCUCAGCAACAGCACCAUCAGUACCAACACGAACCUGAAUCCGAGCCACCGAGGGCGUUCUUCAGUCCUCCGCCACGGAGACAAUCUUCUCAGCGCCAAAUCCCAGAAUUUCACCAUUUGACCCUCCAGGAUCAUCAUGCGCGACCAUCAUUGGACAGCUCUUCUCUCCCUUCGACCGCAUCAACUACCUCGACAUCAUCUAUCAUGCGACGCCAGGCCAAGACACCAGUCUUUCGAAUAGGACAACUAGAGCAACAUGCACUUGCGCGCAAGGCGAAGGAUGUGCCAGAGAAGACGUCAAGCGUUGAAUUGAUCGCUGAUCAGUAUAACGCUGUUCUUGAGUCGAGAGAUGGCCCACCAGCGCUGGACUCACAGUUACCAUCACGAGCAUCGACAUAUUCAUUCGACGACACCCCUCUUCAGAUAUCUCCCCACGGAGCCAAGCGACAAAGUUUACGGUCAUCAAAUACGUAUUCAUCUAUGACGGCUAUACCCCGUCAGCUGAGACCCAGACUCAGGUCAGCAGCGACUCACGAUACGAAUGUGGCUGCCGUUGAAGGAGACACUAUUUACUUCAAGCCAUAUUCAUUCUCACCACCACCAUCUCCCGAUCAGACCCCCGGAACACCACGAGGUUCUUGGACAGAUGAAUUUCGACCACCUUCAUCAUCAGGGCACUCAUUCCAGGAAAACAUCAGCCUUCAAAUAGCGCUCGAUCUACUCACUAGCGAAUUAUCAUCGGUUGUGUCAGGCCGACCACAGCGAAACGGACAAGAUACUGCAGCACUGCAGGUUUGGGUUAUGAUCGAGGCGUACGAGAGACUACGCGAUCAACUAACACGACAACAAUCAUCAAACGCAGAGGCACAAAAAGUGGCAACCAUGUUCGACUGCUGGUUGGCCUCCCUUUACUCGAUCCAUUCCUCCCUCACAGAGAGCACACUGCCCAGUCCCACAGAAUAUGCAGGACUAGAAGAAGAUUUGGAUUAGACUUGAGACAGACAUGAUGUACACGAGGACAUGUGUACGCAAAUAACGAACAUUAUGGUAACUGGCGUUAUGGGCGCGGCCAGAGGGAAUAACCUGGCAUUGGUUAGGAUAGGAUAGGAUAGGACAGGACAGGGCAAAAGCGGCUGGAGCUGCGGAUAGGAUUGGAUGGGAGAUACCUGGAGGAACUUGUUUUUUUUAGUUACUGCACUUUGAAUUUACCUUGAUCAAUGA